AUGGUGUUCCUUAUCUCUGCCUUCCAGAUUAUCGGAGCCCUUUCAGAGCGCGCACAACAAAUGCGCCCGCCAUCGAAUGCAUCAUUUACCACCGCAGAUCCGCGCGUUGAUGGGCAGGCAGAUAGCCGUCCGCGGGGGGCAUUCGGGCGCCCGGUGCGCGGGCCGCCGGCCUGCCUGCCUGCCGAGGGCACCCGAGUGUGUGUCCCCGGGUGUGCCCGGCCUGUGCAGAUGAGCAGGGCAGUGUGCCAGUGGGUGGGCACCGAACGAGCAGGGGUGUUGGCGUACCUGCGGGCACGUCGAACAAGUGUGAGAUGA